GGAAGCAUGUGGGAACAUGACCUUUAACCCGGAGGAAUCGGCAGUUGUCAAAAAACUCGGUCAUCUACCGUGGCAUGGAAAAUGACGGCAGCAACGGGAAAACGCCAGGAACUAUUUGUCUUCAAGUAUGCAUUAUCAGCUGCAGCAGCUUGUGUGGCAGAGACUGUUACAUACCCACUGGAUCUUACAAAAACUCGACUUCAGAUUCAAGGAGAGAAAGACCACACCCACUACCAUGCCCAAAGAGCAGCAACAGCGCAUCGUGGCAUGUUAGCAACAGCAGCAGGCAUAGUGAGAGAAGAAGGAUUAAAAAAACUGUGGCAGGGAGUAACUCCAGCUUUGUACAGACAUGUCGUUUAUUCUGGAUGCAGGAUGAGCUUUUACGAAAUUCUGAGAGAUAGCGUUUUUAAGAAAAAUCCAGAUGGAUCAUUUCCAGUAUGGAAAGCAUCAGUGUCAGGGUUGCUUGCUGGUGCCAUGGGUCAGUUUGUUGCCAGCCCAACUGAUCUUGUGAAGGUGCAGAUGCAGAUGGAAGGGAGAAGACGGUUAGAGGGAAAGCCACCCAGGGUUAAGACAACUGGUCAUGCCUUUAGAAAAAUCCUAGCUGAAGCUGGAGUGCGUGGUUUGUGGAGUGGCUGGAUCCCUAACGUUCAGAGGGCUGCUCUUGUUAAUCUUGGUGAUCUUGCUACAUAUGACACAACAAAGCAUUUUAUACUGAGAAAUACAAGUUUAAAAGAUAAUUAUGUUACACACACUCUGUCAAGUGUCUGUUCAGGUUUGGUUGCAGCUCUCAUGGGAACGCCAUCAGAUGUAAUAAAAACACGUAUUAUGAACCAACCCACAAAAGAUGGAAAAGGCCUACUGUAUCGUGGCUCUGUAGACUGCCUGGUGAAGACUGUGAAGCAAGAAGGAUUUUUGGCAUUGUAUAAAGGACUUCUGCCAAUCUGGACAAGAAUGGCACCCUGGUCACUUGUCUUCUGGUUGUCAUAUGAAGAGAUAAGAAAAUUAACAGGAACAUCAUCCUUCUGAAUCCACGUCAGCAAAUGUGAAAUUACAUAAAACAGCCUGUUGAGUUAUUUGCUGGUCCAAUAGUGUCAGCGUUAAACAUUUUUUAAAGUCUACAGACUUUCUAUGAUCGAACUGUGUGCAUGAAAAAAGAUAUCGCAAAGACCUAUAUUCUUCCAAUUUGGCUCUUGACUGUAUUCAUUUCUAGUUGCAUCUAUUGUUAAAGCAGCAUAUGAUAGUGUGAAACUAAUUACACAUUAAAUGAAUGGUAACAUCAGUUAUUUUUCUAGUAAAGAUUUUAGACCUAUAGCUUUAUAUUUGCAGAUGUCAACUGCAUUUUCCAAAAUGCUCCAAAGCACCAUUGUAUAAGUUGAUAUUUGUUUGCGUUAAAUCUACAGAAAUUAGACAAGCCUGCAAGAGCCAGAUUUAGAUAUCAGAAAGGGCAGCUACCAACAGCAGCAGAAACCGAUCUAUGUAUUUAAUGCAUCAGAUAGAAGCUAUGUUUAAACACUGGUUUCAAUCUUAGAUGCUGUUGUUUGACCCUGUGUUAAAUCACAAUCAUUGAGCUAUUAUUUAUUAAUACAUUUUAACAAAAAAUUG